AUGGUGCUGCCGCUCAAUCCAUCUUCUCUCGAGAUCUUGAACGAUGCGCUGCACGAGUUUCGCCAGAUCGGCAAGCGUAUCACUGCGCUAUCUCAGACGGCCAAAGGCGCUGCCUACCGUGAUACGAUGAGUCGCUUGUCCAUGCUGCUCGAAGAGAUCCCCAGCGUUAGGUUGGAGUCCAGACGGCCAGGCCAGUUGGAAUGCAAGACCAUGGUCAAUCUCUCCCGCUUCAAAUCGCUGCAGUACCUUGAGGUCCGUAUUGUCCGUCCACUCCAUCAUCGUGAGGUGUAG